AUGAGAAGAACUCUUGAAGUCAUGAUUGCUUCACAGUUUCUCUCUGCUCUCACUCUUGCUCUUCUGUUUAAAGAGAGCGGAGCCUGGUCUUACAGUGCCUCCACAAGAAACAUGACUUUUGACGAGGCCAGUGCUUAUUGUCAGCAAAGGUACACACAUCUGGUUGCAAUUCAAAACCAGGAAGAGAUUAAAUACCUCAACUCCAUAUUCAGCCAUUCACCAAGUUACUACUGGAUUGGAAUCAGAAAGGUCAACAAUAAGUGGGUCUGGAUAGGGACCCAGAAGCCUCUGACUGAAGAAGCCAAGAACUGGGCUCCAGGUGAACCGAACAAUAAGCAAAACAAUGAGGACUGUGUGGAGAUCUACAUCAAAAGAGACAAGGACGCGGGCAAGUGGAAUGACGAGAAAUGCAGUAAAAAGAAGCUUGCCUUGUGCUACACAGCUGCCUGUACCCAUACAUCCUGCAGCGGCCACGGUGAAUGUGUAGAGACCAUCAACAACUACACUUGCCAGUGCCACCCCGGCUUCAGUGGACUCGAGUGUGAGCAAGUUGUGACCUGUCAAGCACAAGAAGCCCCCGAGCACGGACACCUGGUUUGCACCCACCCUUUUGGGAGCUUCAGCUACAAUUCUUCCUGCUCCGUCAGCUGUGAAAAGGGCUACCUCCCGAGCAGUACGGAAGCCAUGCAGUGUACUUCCUCCGGAGAGUGGAGUGCUCCUCUUCCAGCCUGCAAGGUGGUUGAGUGUGAUGCUUUGACAAAUCCUGCCAAUGGAGUCAUGGAAUGUUCCCAAGGCCCUGGAGGAUUCCCAUGGAACACAACCUGUGCCUUUGACUGUGAGGAAGGAUUUGAGCUAGUGGGACCCCAGCACCUCCAGUGUACCUCAUCUGGGAAUUGGGACAACGAGAAGCCGACGUGUAAAGCUGUGACAUGUGGCGCCAUCGGCCAUCCUCAGAAUGGCUCUGUGAGCUGUAGCCACUCCCCUGCUGGAGAAUUCACCUUCAACUCAUCCUGUAGCUUCACCUGUGAGGAAGGCUUCAUGCUGCAGGGGCCAGCCCAGGUUGAGUGCACUGCACAGGGGCAAUGGACACAGCAAGUCCCAGUUUGUGAAGCUUUACAGUGCAAAGCCCUGUCCAGCCCAGAGAGAGGCUACAUGAAUUGUCUUCCUAGUGCUUCUGAAAGUUUCCAAAGUGGGUCCAGCUGUGAGUUCUCCUGUGAGCAGGGAUUUGUGUUGAAGGGAUCCAAAAAGCUCCAAUGUGGCCGCACAGGAGAGUGGGACAGUGAGAAGCCCACAUGUGAAGCUGUGAAGUGCGAUGCUGUCCGCCGGCCCCAGGACGGCUUGGUGAGGUGUACCCAUUCUCCCACUGGAGAGUUCACCUACAAGUCCUCCUGUGUCUUCAGCUGUGAGAAGGGCUUUGAGUUACGUGGGUCAGCUCAACUGGAGUGCACAUCUCAGGGACAGUGGACACAGGAGGUCCCCUCCUGCCAAGUGGUACAAUGUUCAAGUCUGGCAGUUCCCGGAAAGGUCAACGUGAGCUGCAGUGGGGAGCCUGUGUUUGGCGCCAUGUGUACGUUUGUGUGUCCUGAAGGAUGGAUGCUCAAUGGCUCUGCAGCUCUGACGUGUGGUGCCACAGGACACUGGUCUGGGAUGCCACCUACCUGUGAAGCUCCCGCCGAAUCCAACGUUCCCUUGGCAGUUGGACUCUCUGCUGCUGGAACCUCCCUCCUGACAUUAGCAUCAUUUCUCUUCUGGCUUCUGAAACGCCUUAGGAAAGCAAGGAAAUUUGUUCCUGCCAGUAGCUGCCAAAGCCUUCAAUCAGACGGAUCCUACCAAAUGCCUUCUGAGUCAAUUUAA